CUGACAUCCAGCCUGACUGAAUUGCAACGAGAAAACUCAGAUUUGCAAGGAAAAUUGGACCACCUGAUCCAGACAACCAAAGGGAAAGAAGGCCUGUGUCAUCUAACAUCUGGCCAUACUGGAAUGGCACCACCUACUCCUGUUAAGACUGUAGAUUUGGAAAUGAAGCAGCUACAGUGUAAACUGAAGAAUGCAAAUAAUGAAAUCACUAAACAUUCAUCAACCAUUAAAUCUUUGAAAUCUGAAGUCCAAAGAAAAGAAGAACAGAUGCAGGAACUGCAAGAAAAGAUUUCUAGAAUGGAAAGAGAUAUAAGUAUGAAAAGGCAUUUAAUAGAAGAUUGGAGGCUGCGUAUGAAAACAUAUCAGGAAAAGGAGAAAAGCUUUAAUGAAACAUUACAAUGUCUAGAAGAAAAGGCAAAGGCAUUAACUGAGGACUGUUCAAAUAAAAAAAUAUCCAUUGAUUCAUUAAAGCAGAGGCUUAAUGUAGCAACCAAAGAAAAGACACAGUACGAACAGAUGUAUCACAGAACUAAAGAAGACUUGGAGAAAAAGGAGCUUAAUCUUUCCAAUCUAGAAGCUAAAAUAGCAGAGACAGAAUGUACCAUGACUGAACUUGAAACAACGGCCUCUCAACAGCUUCACAGCUUAGCAAGGCAAAGUGAACAGGCAAUUGAAAUGGUGCAGAAAAAGUUGAUCAUGUCCAAUGAAAAAGUGGAAGAGUUCAUAACUUUUGUAAAGAGCUUGGCCACUGAGCUACAGCAAAAUGUGAAAGAGAUGCGAACACGAAUCAGAUGUACUAAAAAAAUGCAAGAAGACAAAAAAUGUGGUGGUAGCAUUUCCAAAGAAUCUGUUCACCGGGCUCAAUCCUUGGCAGCAUCAAUUCUUAAUAUUUCGAAAACUGAUUUAGAUGAGAUUCUCGAUGUUGUAAAUGAUGAGGAAACAGAACAGAUGAAAAUGGAAUAUGAAAGUGACAAAGAGUGGUUGGGCUAUCUACAAAAACUUCUGGAAGGACAGUUUCCUUUUGCUUCGUAUUUAAUGGAUGCAGUGCUGGAAAAAUUAAAUGAACAAAAGAAGCUGGCAGAAGAAUACAGUAUUCUGAUUAAAAGAGCAACUAGGAAGAGUUCAUAAACUGACUUUUAAAAAGGAAGAGGGUUUUCUUUUGCCCUGGAUCCUGUUUCUGGGAUUGGUGCAGAAAACGGAUGACCUAUCAUAUUCAAUAGCAUCUGGAUUUGCUUCACUUAUAUAGA